GGGUUGUUUUGGUCCUCGAAAGAGUACAUUGACUAUAUUUUAUCAGCUCCGAUCCCCAAACGCGUUGGCAUGGAUAGCUCUCAGCACUAUCAACCUCUUUCCCAUGCACUCCAUCCCCCGCAGUACUCGUCCUACACCCCGCCCGCCCUCGAAUACCCCUCCAACGCCGGCACCGGCGACCAGCACCGCGAGGAAGAGGAGGAGGAGGAGGAGGACGUCGUCGAGGAGGAGCUCGACGGCCACAAUCAGCAGCCGAGCCCGACCAACGGGCAGGGCUCUGCCCCAGCCCCGGCCGCGACCUCGACGGACGGUGCUGGCCAGCAGCAGCCCGAGCAGUCCCAAGCCACACUCGAUGCGGAGAACAAACGCCGGCCGGGACGACCCAAGGGCUCGAGGAACAGGAAACCACGGGACAGCGUGAGCGUGUCGGCGAAGGCGCACCAGAGCACGUUCCACAGCAGCUAUCCCGCCCCGACGACGGCGCCGCCCCCCGUUCCCGGCCUCACGCCCCAGAACCAGCAGUACUACGAGUUCCAGUGGCGCGUGCUCAACCUCUGCUCCGAGUUCUAUGGCGCGGCCGAAGAGCUCGUCAAGGCGACGUCCCCCGUCGUCAUCCAUCAGUCGUACCAGAUGGGUCCAUCACACAAAGUCGACCCGCUUGCCAUGCUCGGUGAUGCAAAGCGGAUCUGUGAUUCACUCUUCCAAAACCCCAGCCAACUAGUCGGCCAACCCCCUCCCGCCGCGACCUACCCUCUCCCCUACGCCCCACCGCCCCCCCUCGCCUCCACCUCCGCCUCCCCCACCGGCCUCCCCCCCUCGCAACAGCCCCCUCCCACCGUCAUCAACAACCCCCAAUCCUUCAUCAUGCCCCUCGGCUAUCCGCCCGCCGUCUACACACCACCACGAGCCGGCUAUCCCACCGCGCCUUAUUAUCAGUAUACGCCCGCUGCGGGGUAUUACUCGCAAUCUCCGGCCCCUGUCCCUGCCCCGGCACCACCUGCUCAGCCCUCUGGAUCCGCACCACCAGCGCCAUCGAACGCGCAGACGUUCGCGAGCCCGCAUCCCCACCCCCAUACGGGCGGCGUGCAGUCGACCCUAAACAUGAAUCCGGUGAAUGUGGGGGGCGCAUCGGGGACGUGGUCAGCGGAGGAAUCGGAUAAGUUGAGGAGGUUGGCGGAGAUGGGGAAGACGAGUGGGGCGACGAAGGAUGGGGAGGUGGAUUGGGAUUGGGUGGUGGGACAGUGGGGGAGUACGAGGUCUAGGCAUCAGAUAUUGCUACGAGCGACAACUAUCGGGCUCAAAGAAAGUACGACCCGGGGAACCAAACGACGUCGCGGGAACACGGAAGGACCUUCCAACUCCAACUCCAACUCCAACUCCAACUCGAACAAUUCGAACACGAACCAUACCACGUCUGCGAACGCGUCGCCUGUACAGAACCAUAGCACGCCGGGCUCGUCUUCCACGCAACCACAACCACCACAAACACAGGGACAAACGCAAACGCAGAUACAUCAGUCGCCCUCAACCCAAAACACACAUCCACGCCCCCCUUCCUCUCAAGCCGCACAUUCGACAACGCCUCUCAUGACGCCGCUCAUGCCUCCCACCACUUCCACCACUUCCACCUCCACCGCAUCCACCAACAACCCCAUCACCAACACUUCUACACCGCACACACCUCAUACACCCCACAUCUCGCACGCCAGCACAAACACGAACACGAACACGAACGCCACACAAGCACCGGCACCGGCCGUCUCGAGACCGAACCUCCCCUGGCCGAUGCCGACUGUAGCGGCGCCCGAUGGGCUUGGGGCUGUCUUGGGUGGUGGGGGUGCGACGGCGGGUGGUGUGGGUUUGAGUGGGGGGCAGCAGAGGGGUAAUUAUUAUAGGCCGGGGGCGGGUGGGACGGCGGGUGGGAAGGCGGCGGGGACGUAUAUGUAUGCGAAUGGGGGGAGGGGGUGAGGUGGUAUGAAGAUGAAAGAGGAGAGAGGGAAGGCGAAGGUGGACUUUUCCUUUGACUGAUUAUUCAUUUUUGAUUUCGAUUUCGAUUUUGAUUGAAUUCUUCGUUUGGUUGGUUGAUCUGUUUGAAGUGUCGAUGUCUGUUAGUUCGAUUUCUGGCCAAUUCCUACUGAUCAUGAUCAUGAACAUCGCUAGUCAGGUUUUGUCGUCGGGGGAUGGGGCCCUGGGGUACUGCUCUUUGCUCGUUUUUUUUCUUCUCCUUUACUCCUUCACGAAAAGCGGCGAACGGUACAGUUACGGUCGCGGUUACAAUAAUGUUGCGAGCCUUUCCCUCUGUCAGUGCUCUUGGUUUGUCUUUGGAUGAACACUUUUCUCGCUUCUCGCUUCUGCUUUUCUUUCCUUUCUCAGCCCGCUUUUCAAUUCUUUCCUUCUCACUUCUCAGAUUCUCCACGAAUUCGUAGCUUACCCUUUAUGUUAUGUUAUGUACUACGUUAUCGAUAUCCCUCUCGUAUCCGUGUUUGCAUCUGCACUUACACUGGUCAGUUGCUGGUCCUUGUGGUGCUGGUACUGCUGUUGGUGGUGCUGUUGGUGGUGCUGGUUAAAUUACUACGC